CUGUCCUUUGUCGUAAGUGUACGCAUAUAAAUACUCCAAAUCGGUAACUGUUUGACUCAAAAUGCAGUUUGGUUACACUGAAACCAAAAACAGAAAAACCAAGUUGUCGAAAAUAUUCAUAGUUUUGUUGAGAAAGUCGAGGUUUUGAGAAAAAGAGAAUGAUAGGGUGGGAAGAUGUGUACAAAGUGAUAGUAGCAGUGGUGCCACUGUACGUGGCUCUGGUGUUAGGGUAUGGUUCAGUGAAGUGGUGGAAGAUCUUCAGUAGGGAGCAAUGUGAUGCAAUAAACAAGCUAGUAUGUUACUUCACUUUGCCACUCUUUACAUUUGAGUUCACUGCACACAUCGACCCUUUCAAAAUGAACUUUUCGUUCAUAGCUGCAGACACCAUAUCAAAGUUCAUCAUCAUCGUGGUGCUAGCCCUAUGGGCCAGGUGCACCACCAAGGGGAGUUUCUGCUGGUCCAUAACCAGCUUCUCUUUGUGCACUCUCACCAACGCUCUUGUCGUUGGGGUUCCGAUGGUGAAGCCCAUGUACGGAGCCCUUGGUGAGGACCUUGUGGUUCAGUCCUCGGUGGUGCAGGCCAUCAUAUGGCUCACUUUGCUUCUCUUUGUGUUGGAGGUUCGGAGAACAGGAAUCGAAGGCACCACCACCACCACUACCACCACCAGCAGCUUUAAACCUAGAUCAAAAAAAUCAAUGAUUGUUGAUGAUUUGACAGGUGAAGGUGAAGGUGGUGGAAGAGAAAAUGGUGUAGCCAUUGAUGUUAAAGAGGAGUUGGCGAUAGAAGAAAGUGUUAGCAGUAUUCCGUUUUGCAAGUUGAUGAAAGUUGUGUGGCUCAAACUUGUCAUGAACCCUAACUCCUACGGUUGUGUGAUUGGCAUUUCCUGGGCCUUCAUAUCUAACAGGUGGAAUUUGGAGAUGCCGAGUAUGUUAGAAGGGUCUAUACAGAUCAUGUCAAAGGCAGGGACGGGAACUGCCAUGUUUAGUAUGGGUAUUUUCAUGGCACUUCAGGAUAAGUUGAUUGGUUGUGGACCAAGUCUGACUGUAUUUGGUUUGGUGUUGAAGUUCAUUGCGGGCCCUGCAGCCAUGGCUAUCGGUGCCAUCGCUGUAGGAUUGCACGGUGACGUCUUCAGAGUUGCCAUCAUUCAGGCUGCUGUGCCACAAUCCAUCACAUCCUUCAUUUUUGCUAAAGAGUAUGGAUUGCAUCCAGAGAUUCUCAGCACUGCGGUGAUCUUUGGCAUGAUUGUUUCACUUCCUAUCUUAGUUGCCUACUAUGCAAUAUUGGAGUUCAUACAUUAAAUCAAAGAUGCUUUAUAAAAGGAUCCAAGAUUAUUCAAACUUUUUUUUUUUGCUUCUUCAAUUGUAGCAUGGAUGAUUUAUAAUUUGUAAUUUAGUAUGAUUUUGAUUCCUAUGAGCUAGCCACUUAAUUCUAUCCCAUGAAAUGUAAUACAAAUCUUGAAACCAUCAUGUUUCAGCUUCUUAUAAUUAUUUUCAAUCGAUUUGUUAGAAUAA